GUGGGGACUGGAAAGGGUUGGGGUUCACAAAAACAGUGUGCCUUAGGUCUAUCUCCUGGGGGUCCCGCCUGGUACCUGAAUCUCUCCAGGUUCCCACCUCUGCUCUGAGGGUCCUAUGGACCUGCCCAUCCAGCUCCACCCCAGCCUGUGGGCAGUACGGGGAGUUCCUGACAGAGCAUCCCAGGCAGAUGCACUUGUGCCCAGGGAUUGGAAGCGUCAUCCAGUCACCUGCAGCUCGUACAUUCACAGUUGCUGAGGUAACACACAUAUAUGUGUACCACACAGGCAGCCCCCAGGCUCAGGUUCACUAGGGGUCUCAGGUGGUAUCUGAGGAGCUUUGGCCUGACAUGCAUGCCGAGACCUGCCCUGGAAUUUUUGGAAUAGCUGAGGCCUGAAUGGGCAGCCUGAAGCUGAGAGCAGAUAUUGGGCCACUGCUCAGACCCCCCCACCCAAAAACAAAACAAAACCCACUGCCUGUCGAGUCAAUUGUGACUCAUAGCGACCCUAUAGGAUCGAACAGAACUGCCCCAUAGAGUUUCCAAGGAGUGCCUGGUGAAUUUGAACUGCUGACCUCUUGGUUAGCAGCUAUAGCACUUAACCACUAUACCACCAGACCCCCCCCCCAACAUCCCCACAAUCCCAUGGAGGCGGCUUUGGGGAAUUCUAAGGAGUGCUCCUGGGUGUCUGGUGCCAGCUUUUUUGAUGAGUCUACACAGUUGGAAGAGUAGGUGUUGCUAUCUUUAUUUCAUAUAAGAAGAAACCGAGGCAGUACAGACAGGGUAGGUAGGUUACCCUAGGUCCACAGGAGGUGGGCCAGGAAUCCAAGCCAGGCUCCCAGCCAUCUGGGCACCAAGAGACCUGGGAAUGUGGAUCCCUGGCCAAAUCGCAUCUCCCAGACACUCCUCUCUAUUGAAGGCUAAUGCUGCACCUUAGGGGUGCACCCUGGGGUGGAUGCUCAGAGGACACAGAAUAAGAACAGGGAACCUGGAGCUCAGCCACCACCUGGGUUUAGUGGACCCUGGGACCCCAGGACCCAGGUCUGGCCCUCCUGGGUGACCUUUGCCUCUGAACCUCUCAGGUCUUUGUCACUAAAAGGGAGUAAAUGGUACCUACCUGGAGUGUUGCUGUGAGGACUAGAGCUGCCCUGGAGUGAUGGCUGAGGGGACAAAGGAUUGGCUGGGUCUUGGAGGAUCAUCCACAGGCAUUUUUCUCAUUCUUCUGUAUGCUCAGCUCUACAUUUCCUGGACAGGAGAACAGUCUCUUUAGAGACAAAGCAACAAUGGUGGGGCAGGCUGCAGUGCAUAAGUUUAGAAUAGUUUAUAAUGUACUUCCAACCUACUUCCACAAAAAAAUAAGAAGUAAGCAACAACCCCUCCCCCCAGCCAGGGCUAGGGACCAUGGUUUCGGGGGGCAUCUAGCUCAAUUGUCAUAACAUAGUUUAAAAAGAAAAUGUUCUGCAUCCUACUUUGGUGAGUAGCAUUUGGGUCUUAAAGGCUUGUGAGUGGUUGUCUAAGAUAUGUCUACUGAUCCCACCCCGUUAGGAGCAAGGGAGAACGAGGAAAACCAAAGACACAAGGGAAAGACUAGUCCAAAGGACUAAUGGACCACAACUACCAUAGCCUCCACCAAACUGAGUUCAGCAUAACUAGAUGGUGCCCGGCUACCACCACCGACUGCUCUGACAGGGAUCACAAUAGAGGGUCAUGGACAGAGUGGGAGAAAAAUGUAGAACAAAAUUCUAACACUCAAAAAAAAGACCAGACUUACUGGUCCAACAGAGACUGGAGAAACUCCAAGAGUAUGGUUCCCGGCAGCCCUUGAACUCAGUACUAAAGUCACUCCUGAGGUUCACCCUUUAGCCAAAGUUUAGACAGGCCUAUAAAACAAACAAUAACAUGUAGUUCAACCAUGUAUACAAGACUAAACUUGCAUACCAGCCCCGGGGCAAGGAUGAGAAGGCAGGAGGGGACAGGAAAACUGGACGAAUGGAAAUGGAGAACCCAAGAUUGAGAAGAGGGAAGUGUUGACAUGUCAUGGGGUUGACAACCAAUGUCACAAAAGAGUAUGUGUAGUGUUUAAUGAGAAACUAAUUUGCUCUGUAAACUUUUCACCUAAAGCACAAUAAAAAUCAUAUAAAAUAAAGUUCCUCCCCCAAAGAAGUGUUACUGUCAGAAAAAUCAGAAACCAUGCACAGGAAGGGGGCAAGGACUCUGAAAUGAGACAGAUAGUGACUGUAGCUGUGGAAUAAAUUUAGCUUGGAGAUUCCUGGCAGCCACAGCAGAAAGAGAAGUAAGAUGAGUUCUGUAGCUGCCAUUUUCAGACAAAAUGAAGUUUCUGACUUCAUUAGGAAAGAUACUUUUUGUCAUGAAAAUCCAGGAGUAAUUUUCAGAGGUCUCUUACUGGAGGGCCAUCAGUGAAAUGGGCAGUGUUGCUGAGUUUUCAGACUCUUCUUGUGGCUUCUCCUUAUUCUGACCCUGAACAAACAUUGAGGGCACAGCAAAUACCACAGGGCAUCUGAGGAACUAUGUUAUGCUGCCCCCAACAAGCUUUAUCAUGGUUUGGUUCCCCCACUUUCUGGCUUGACCUCCAGCCACCUUUGUCCACUGUGCCAUUGACAGUGACCUAUUUGCAGUUAGUGAACACAGGAUUUAGUUGCUUGGCUCACUCAGCUAGUCCAAGUUGCUGGAUGAAGCUGAUGUACCACUUUCACAUGCUGUGGGAAGGAAGAGCUGAUUUUGCCCUGGAAAAUUUUACCUUGGAAAUUGUCAUGGGCAUACACCUGUCGGUUUCCUUGGAUGGUAAAAAAAAAAUCCACGGUGCAGCACCUGCUGAGUGGUUGUUGGCUCAGAGAGGGCAAGUGAAACCUCAUAACUAGAGCAAGAGGAUGUAUCAGAUGGAGGAGCAUGCACCAGUCAGCAUUCUCAGCUCCAAACAAGAGAAAUGAGUUCUGGCCAAUUUACACAGAAAAGGUUGGUGGUAGCUCUCAUAGAGCCAGGCCAGGCCAGCAGAUGAUGCAAUCACACCACCAGUCAGGGCUGGUGAUGACACUUCCAUCACCAUAUAUCCUGUCAACAUUGCUGCACGAACAACUCCACACUGCUGCCGUACUAGCUGUCAUCCAACAUCAAGGUGGCUUCUUUGAAAGAUGUCUGCUUCCCAUUUGUUGUGCCAUUGCCACAGCUGCUGCUGCCAGGCUGUCUGGGGAAAAAAUGCGUAGCAUCUAGAAGAGGAAUACGUGGUGUCUUCUGCCUGCAUGAUGGAAAGCUGGGACUGUUACCCACCAAGACUCAGAAGGGACAAGAUCUGGAAUAUAGGGAAGAGUGUGAAUGCUAGGCAGCCAGAAAAGUAGCCGAAUGAUGGGGGGAGGGGUAGGCUUAUAAAAAGGAGCAUCUGCCAUGUUUCUGCAAAGUUUCUAUGGCUUCUAGGCAGUGUCUGGCCAGCCUGACACCGGUAGAGGUGUGGGUGUGGAGGGGUGGACAGCCACAUGGUCCUGGUCUGGGGCAAGCGGCCUGGGUCUGGGGGCAGGGAGGCUAACGAGCGGGCUCCCGCCAGCAGCCCCCGCUACCCAACCGCCCUUGCCUUCUUGGGCCCUGCGCAGUCCAGCACCCACCCUGCCUGACCUUUCUUGAAGACCCCGACACGCUUUGCGCCCACUUCCACCGUUCUCGGUGUUUCUGGCUUGCCCGGCCUCCCGGCAUCCCCCUGGCUGCCUGCGCCAGGACGCCUCCGCGCGGUGCAUGGUGAGGUAGCUAGCGGGACAUCUGUCAGCCAUGGCGGCGGAAGGUGCCCUGUGCGGCUUCAUUUAUCUGGAGGGCAGCAGCUGGGGGAGCCCUGAGGACACAGAGCCCUUGGCGCCUGGGACAUUGGGUCAUGGCAACCACAGAGAGAGCAGCCCUUUCCUUUCUCCCUUGGAGGCUUCCAGAGGAAGUGACUACUAUGACAGGAACCUAGCACUGUUUGAGGAAGAGCUGGACAUCCGCCCAAAGGUGUCAUCUCUCCUGGGCAAGCUCGUCAGCUACACCAACCUCACGCAGGGUGCCAAGGAGCAUGAGGAGGCUGAGAGCGGGGAGGGCCCCCGCCGCAGAUCAGCAAAGGCACCCAGCAUGGGCACCCUCAUGGGGGUGUACCUGCCCUGCCUGCAGAAUAUCUUUGGGGUCAUCCUCUUCCUGCGGCUGACCUGGAUGGUGGGCACGGCUGGGGUACUGCAGGCCCUCCUCAUCGUGCUCAUCUGCUGCUGCUGUACCCUGCUGACGGCCAUCUCCAUGAGCGCCAUCGCCACCAAUGGCGUGGUACCAGCUGGGGGCUCCUAUUUCAUGAUCUCCCGCUCGCUGGGGCCAGAGUUUGGAGGCGCUGUGGGCCUGUGUUUCUACCUGGGAACGACAUUUGCAGCAGCCAUGUAUAUCCUGGGGGCCAUUGAGAUCUUGCUGACCUACAUUGCCCCGCCGGCUGCCAUUUUUUAUCCAACAGGCGCUCAUGACACAUCAAGCGCUACCCUGAACAAUAUGCGGGUGUACGGGACCAUCUUUCUGACCUUUAUGACCCUGGUGGUAUUUGUUGGUGUCAAGUAUGUGAACAAAUUUGCCUCACUCUUCCUGGCCUGUGUGAUCAUCUCCAUCCUGUCCAUUUAUGCUGGGGGCAUCAAGUCUAUUUUUGACCCUCCUGAGUUUCCAGUGUGUAUGCUGGGCAACAGGACCCUGUCCCAGGACCAAUUUGAUGUCUGUGCCAAGACGGUCAUGGUGGACAACAAGACAGUGGCCAGCCAGCUAUCAAGCCUCUUCUGCCAUGGCCCCAACCUUACCACUGACUCCUGUGACCCCUACUUCCUGCUCAACAAUGUGACUAAGAUCCCCGGCAUCCCUGGUGCAGCUGCUGCUGUUCUCCAAGAAAACCUGUGGAGCGCCUACCUGGAAAAGGGUGAGGUCGUGGAGAAGCGGGGGCUGCCCUCCACAGACAACCCUGGCCUGAAGGAGAGCCUGCCCCUGUACGUGGUGGCAGACAUUGCCACAUCCUUCACAGUGCUGGUUGGCAUCUUCUUCCCCUCCGUAACAGGCAUUAUGGCUGGCUCGAACCGCUCUGGAGACCUCCGUGAUGCCCAGAAGUCCAUUCCAGUGGGAACCAUUCUGGCCAUUGUUACAACCUCUCUUGUGUACUUCAGCAGUGUGGUUCUGUUUGGCGCCUGCAUUGAGGGUGUGGUUCUCCGGGACAAGUAUGGUGAUGGCGUCAGGAGGAACUUGGUGGUAGGCACAUUGGCGUGGCCUUCACCCUGGGUCAUUGUCAUCGGCUCCUUCUUCUCAACUUGUGGUGCUGGCCUACAGAGCCUCACUGGGGCACCCCGCCUGCUACAGGCCAUUGCCAAGGACAACAUCAUCCCCUUCCUCCGGGUGUUUGGCCACAGCAAGGCAAAUGGUGAACCAACAUGGGCGCUCCUCCUGACGGCACUCAUUGCUGAGCUUGGCAUCCUCAUCGCCUCCCUAGACAUGGUGGCUCCCAUUCUAUCCAUGUUCUUUCUGAUGUGUUACCUGUUUGUCAACUUGGCCUGUGCCGUGCAGACGCUCCUGAGGACCCCUAACUGGCGGCCCCGAUUUAAGUACUAUCACUGGGCACUGUCCUUCCUGGGCAUGAGCCUCUGCCUGGCCCUGAUGUUUGUCUCCUCCUGGUACUAUGCCUUAGUCGCCAUGCUCAUCGCCGGCAUGAUCUACAAGUACAUUGAGUACCAAGGGGCUGAGAAGGAGUGGGGUGACGGCAUCCGAGGCUUGUCCCUGAGCGCCGCCCGCUAUGCUCUGUUGCGGCUAGAGGAGGGGCCUCCUCACACCAAGAACUGGCGGCCCCAGCUGCUGGUGCUGCUGAAGUUAGACGAGGACCUCCAUGUAAAGUACCCACGGCUCCUCACCUUCGCCUCCCAGCUUAAGGCCGGCAAAGGCCUGACCAUCGUUGGGUCUGUCAUCCAGGGCAGCUUCUUGGAGAGCUAUGGCGAGGCCCAGGCUGCUGAGCAGACAAUCAAGAACAUGAUGGAGAUUGAGAAAGUGAAGGGCUUCUGCCAGGUGGUGGUAGCCAGCAAGGUGCGUGAGGGGCUGGCCCACCUCAUACAGUCAUGUGGCCUGGGCGGCAUGAGGCAUAACUCAGUGGUGCUGGGCUGGCCCUACGGCUGGAGGCAGAGCGAGGACCCACGUGCCUGGAAGACCUUUAUCGACACUGUGCGCUGUACCACUGCUGCCCACCUGGCCCUGCUUGUGCCCAAGAACAUCGCCUUCUACCCCAGCAACCAUGAGCGCUACAUGGAGGGCCACAUUGACGUGUGGUGGAUCGUGCAUGACGGUGGCAUGCUCAUGCUGUUGCCCUUCCUGCUGCGCCAGCACAAGGUUUGGAGGAAGUGCCGGAUGCGCAUCUUCACAGUGGCCCAGAUGGAUGACAACAGCAUCCAGAUGAAGAAGGAUCUGGCCAUCUUCCUGUACCACCUACGCCUUGAGGCCGAGGUUGAGGUGGUGGAGAUGCACAACAGUGACAUCUCUGCGUACACCUACGAGCGGACACUGAUGAUGGAGCAGCGGACUCAAAUGCUGCGGCAGAUGAGGCUGACCAAGACUGAGCGGGAGCGAGAAGCCCAACUGAUCAAGGACCGUCACUCAGUCCUUCGGCUGGAGAGCCUGUACUCAGAUGAGGAGGAUGAGUCCGCAGCUGGGGCUGACAAGAUCCAGAUGACAUGGACCCGGGACAAGUACAUGGCGGCUGAGUCCUUGGACCCCAGCCAUGCCCCUGAUAACUUCCGGGAGCUGGUACACAUUAAGCCGGACCAGUCCAAUGUGUGGCGCAUGCACACGGCUGUCAAGCUCAACGAAGUCAUUGUUACACGCUCCCAUGAUGCCCGUCUGGUCCUGCUGAACAUGCCUGGCCCGCCUAAAAACAGCGAGGGUGACGAGAAUUACAUGGAGUUCCUAGAGGUGCUGACUGAGGGUCUGGAGCGGGUACUGCUGGUGCGUGGCGGUGGCCGUGAAGUCAUCACCAUCUACUCCUGAGCCCAGUGCAGCCUUGUGGCCUGCAGUGGAGGUGUCCAGGGUAGCAGGCCCCUCCCAGCACCUGCCUGCCAGCUCUGCCUUGCCUGGCCCUGCCUGGGACCCAGCUUGUUAGGUCUCCUUGGAGACCAGCCUGGGCUUGGCAGCGGCAAUGGAUCCAAGGUCCUGUGAGACCUGGGAAGGUUUGGGGCCUUUCCCGCCCAGCACCCAGGAGGCCUACCCUGGCUGCAGAGACUGGUGCAGGUUGACGGGUUUGAAGGCAGCCAGCCCAGCCUGGCCCAGAAGCACUAUUUAUUGUAUAUUUAUUGUUUGGAUGUCAUCAUCAGAAGAGAGGAAGGCAAUGAGGGAGGGGGUCCGGCCCAGCCUGCCUGCAGGAAGGGCUACCUCAGGCUGCUGUGGGCAGGGACCCCCACCAAGCCAAAACGAGCGCAGCUGGCCAAGCUGAUGCCUGAGUUUUUUCAAUAAAACAUUAUGUACUUCUGGGCUU